UCCAUGCAAGACUACUUGCCUUUGGUACUUUGAUGUAUCACAACAUGUAACCUCUUCCCGGUUUUGUAAAUAGGCCAACGACUAGUUAAAGCGAAUUAAUGGAUGAGGUUUGGACCGAGCAGUCAUGUAUGAAAGGCUGAUCUUUUGGAGGGAUUUCAUUGGACCAAUUGGAGAAAGUACCAUGGAUGUUCUGCGCCCACAGCUUAUAAAAAUCGAUGGACGAAUUUAUAGGAAGAAUCCCAUUCAAGAACAGACCUAUCUACUUGAAGAAGAUGAUGAGGACUUCUAUGAAGGCCUCAUGGAGUGUGCAGAAGAGCCCUGUGAAGCCUACGUGGUGGCGCAGACCCAGCAAGGUUUCCGCUGUACCGUGAAGGCCCCCAGCCUGCUCUACAAGCACAUAGUGGGAAAGCGAGGGGACACCAAGAGGAAACUAGAGCUGGAGACCAAGACAUCCAUCAGCAUUCCUAAGCCUGGGCAUGAAGGAGAGAUCGUAAUCACUGGCCAGCAUCGCAGUGGCGUGAUUUCCGCGAGGACUCGGAUUGAUGUUCUUUUGCAUACGUUUAGAAGGAAGCAACCCUUCACUCACUUCCUGGCUUUUUUCCUCAAUGAAGUUGAGGUUCAGGAACGAUUCCUCAAGUUCCAGGAGGAAGUACUGGAGAAGUGCUCUAUGGAUCGUGGAGUCGAUGCCAGCAUUUUCCAGAAUCCCAAAAAGCUUCACUUAACUAUAGGGAUGCUGGUGCUUCUGAGUGAACAAGAAAUUCAGCAGACAUGUGAGAUGCUGCAGCAGUGUAAACAGGAGUUCAUUGAGGACCUUUCUCGGGGCAAGCCCCUGGAGGCAGAGAUGGCAGGGAUCGAGUACAUGAACGACGACCCGGCGAUGGUGGAUGUUCUUUAUGCCAAAGUCCACAUGAAAGACGGCUCCAACAGGAUAAUAGACUUGCGUAUUUUGGAAAGAUUUAGGAAUUCCCCUAUCNNNGUGAAAGAGUGGGACACUGUGAAACUUCAUGCCACCGUCAUAAACACACGGUUCAGGAAGGACCCCAAUGCUGAAGGCAGGUACAAUCUUUACACACCGGAUGGCAAAUAUAUCUUCAAGGAAAGAGAAUCGUUUGAUGGCCGGAACAUUUUAAAGCUGUUUGAGAACUUCUGCUUCGGUGCUCUGAAGCUCAAUUCCAUUCACAUCUCUCAGAGGUUCUCAGUGGACAGCUUUGGAAACUAUGUCUCCUGUGGGCAGAUUGACUUCUCCUGAGAAGGGUCUUCCCAGGCACUAGGAGAUGAACACCCUCACGAGGUGCUGAAGAGAACGUCUCUGCUGUAAUUGCCACAGAAGAGUAAGGAUGGUGUUUUCUCUCCUGUGUGGAGGGUCUGCAGCUGGCAGGCCGCCAUCAAGAUGGCGGUGGGCACGAGGAGAACUGGCCCCUCUGGCCCCUGUCAUCUUGAUAGGGUCGGCUAGACUCUCAUCUUUCCUUCCUGGGAGAACAGGUGACAGGCUUCUAUGGAGAGUCCAGCCUUGGAAACCCUAUGGGCAGGUCUCCUCUGCCCUCUAAGGUCACUGUCAGCCAGUCAGCAUAAGGCACACGGCAAGAAUCUUUCUUUCUGGAGCCCACCUGCUCUUGUCUCACAGUUGCUCAACUGCUGUCCACGCAUACGCUCAGAGAAUGAAGGACGGACUUAGGUUUCAUUCAUCCCGUAAGCUAGACGGAGUACCUAGUUUCUAAAAGGUUUGCAGUUUUCACUUCCCUGUGUACCCUCCCUUCCUAGCUUUUCUUCUCUACCCCGAUAAUGGGUAAGAAUUCGAUCUCGUAGCCAAACAGCUGUGUAAGUUUUUAUCUUGUACUUGCUCAAGGUGACCCUUUUCUUCUAAAGUUGGUACUUUCUUACUUAGUAGAUUCCUGUUCCUUCACCCCCCCCAACCCCCAUCUUCUCCUGCCGCUGACGGAGUUGCAUAUUUGUAGCUCUUUUCCGUUUACUCUUCUGAGGUCAGGGGAACUGUGGAGUGUACUCUGGGAAGGUGGGCAGCCCCAGAGAUGCGUCUCCCUGCUGCUGGCCUCCCUCCCCAGCUCCUCCUGCCUCCCACUGCCGCUUCCCUCCUCUCAUUCCUCCCCCCACGUCCCCGCCCGCCUCUUCCCCUGCAUUCCCCAUUCUCCUUUUCUGUUCCUGAGGUCAAUGUGCCUGCAUCGUGAGGGUUAUGGAUGACACCCAGAUUUUGUUUAUCGGUUGUGACUCUCUUAAUCAUCUGUGAAUAAACAAAUUUCCAAAUGAA